CAACAAUAAAUACAAACAUACUGUCCAGAGCCUACUUUGGCGACACAUUAGCAUUAACGUGUCAUGUUUAUAGUAUCAGUAUCCGUCGCAUGGAGAAAUGGUUCAGCGGAAAUAAACUGUGGUUAUUCGGAAGUCAGGUGCAGUUGCUUCCGAAAAGGAGUCGGACAACUUCAAAGACCAUGGAGAAAUUCGAAAAAAUCUGUAAACUAGGUGAAGGUAGCUACGGUGUAGUGUACAAGUGCCGGAAUAGAGAAACUGGAGAAAUAGUAGCUAUAAAAAAGUUUUCAGAAAGUGAAGAAGAUCCUCUCAUCAGGAAGAUAGCUCUCAGAGAAAUUCGGCUAUUGAAGAACCUAAAGCACCCGCACCUCGUCAACCUCCUGGAAGUAUUUCGCCGCAAGCGGCGUCUCCACUUGGUCUUCGAGUUCUGCGAACGAACCGUUUUGGACGAAUUGGAGAAGCGCGUAGCGAUGGGUGGCGGGGGGUGUUCUCCGUCGUUCUGCUGUUCCGUGGCUCAACAGUUGACAGCUGCCACCGCCUACUGUCAUCGGAGGGGCUGCGUGCACAGGGACAUCAAACCUGAGAAUAUACUGCUGACCGCGGACGGGAGGGUGAAGCUGUGCGAUUUUGGAUUUGCUAGGAUGCUCACAGAUCCUGGUGAGAACUAUACAGACUAUGUAGCAACGCGAUGGUACAGAGCACCAGAACUGUUGGUGGGUGAUACACAAUAUGGUACUCCUGUUGAUGUUUGGGCUAUUGGCUGCGUUCUCGCUGAGCUUCUUCGAGGCGAUGCUUUGUGGCCGGGCAAGUCUGACGUGGACCAACUGUUUCUGAUUUGCAGCACCUUGGGAGAAUUACUACCUAGGCAUGUCCAGGCGUUCAGAGACAAUAGUUUCUUCAGAGGAGUAACGCUGCCAAAACCAGCAAGGAUCACACCACUAGAGCAAAGGUUGCCUGAGGAUUGUCCACCAGCUGCUUUGGAUUUCUUGAAGAAAUGCUUAGACAAAGAUCCCGCCAAACGUUGGACCUGUGAGGAGCUGCUUUCGCACAAGUACUUUGAUGCUAUAGAAAAGGAUUCUGAAAAUGAAUCGGGGCGUAUCACUGAGAAAGGAAUAAAGAUCAAGCCAAAGGAGGUCACUGGAAAUACCAAUGGUACAACGUCACUUCCUCAACUAUCAGUAACGUCAUUAGGGGGAACAACUUCAAAGCCAACUAGUCCUCAUAACACAAAUGGACAGAAGACAACAGUAGAUCAUCUGCCAAACAUUUGACAACGAUUUUCAUUCUUUAAAUGAUUUUUCAGAUUGACUUCACUUGUAAAUAGGAUACUAGGUUAAAUUGUUAGUUAUAUUUUGAUCCGGUG